AUGACCGAGUUACAAACUGAAGCGUUAAGACAACAACAGAGACAACCCUUUCCACCCACACCUCCUCCACCAAUUCUAGUGGAGCCACCUAAAAAUGGUGACAUUAUUACCCUGACGCAGAAGUUUAACAAGCUGAAACCGCCUACCUUUUCGAAAGGCCUUGAAUCGCUGAAAGCUAAAGCUUGGAUUUUGGAUGUUGAAAAUUUAUUCGAAGUGUUCUCGUGUGCUGAAGAACAAAAGUGUGUGAGAGACCAUAAAGUAACAGAAUUUGAGCAGCUUAAGCAGGGUACUAUGUCAGUGGUGGAAUAUGAAACUAAAUUCACAGAGCUUGCGCGUUAUGCGCCACAUAUGGUAGACAUCGAAUAUAAGAAAGCCAGGAAGUUUGAAGGCGGUUUGGACGUUGAGGUUCUUGACCGAGUUAAUGUACUCAAAUUAGAAAAAUAUGUUGAUGUUUUGGACAGAUCCAUUGUAGCUGAGGCGAAUGUUGCCUCACUAAGGCAAGCGAAGGCACCGAUGAUUGAAUGGAAGGGUAAAAGGCCGGGAUCUACUUUCAAGAAGGGUCAGAACAAUUUCAAUAUUCCACCGAACAAAAGACAGAAUAUGGGAUCAUCUACUAGUUCGAGCCAAGGGAAUGAUACACCCAUUUGCCCAGAGUGUGGGAAAAGACAUAAGGGAGUUUGUCGUAGAAUCUCGGGUGCAUGUUUUUGGAGUGGAAAAACAAGCCACAUGAUCAAGGAUUGUCCUUUAGUGUCCCAAAAUACAAGACAGCCCAAGGCUAGUUCAACCACAUCAGUGUCAGCACCAAGGGUAAAUUCGAAAGCAGCUACGGGGAAAGAAACUCUAAAGCAAGGAUGGGUUUUUGCAUUGGUACCGGGUGAUGUGUAA